GGAGAUGGGGAACUGAGGAGGGGCGUGGGGAAGGGACAGUAGUCCGUGCCAUAGGGGUUCGUUCGAGUGUGAGUCUGGCAUUGGCCGGGAAGAAAGUGCCCCGAGGCAGUCAGCCUUGAAGCCCAGACUGCUCCGGACUCCUAGUCUGAGGAUCGGGCUGACCAGAAUGCCCCUUCCCUGACCUCUCCGGGUGGGAGGAGAAAUUGGGGCGGGGGGAAGGCUGCUGUGCAGCGGAGGAGAGCUGCGAUCUCCGCCUCAUUGGGCUCAGAACCUCCGCAGCCAGAGAGCCUCGGGUCCGACGCCCCUGGAACCACCAUGAACCAUUUCAGCAAAGCUGAACAAGACGACUGGCUAACAGUCUAUCUGAAAUAUCUCCUCUUUGUGUUUAACUUCUUCUUCUGGGUGGGUGGAGCAGCUGUCCUGGCUGUGGGCACCUGGACUUUGGUGGAGAAAAGUGGCUACCUGAGUGUCCUGGCCUCCAGUACUUUUGUCACAUCUGCCUACAUCCUCAUCUUCGCAGGAGCACUGGUGAUGAUGACUGGUUUCCUGGGAUUCUGUGCUGUCCUCAGGGAGCAAAAGAGCUGUCUCUCCACAUAUUUUGGCCUGUUGCUUGUCAUCUUCCUCAUUGAGCUGGUGGCCGGAGUUCUUGCCCAUCUUUACUACCAAAAGCUAAGUGAAGAACUAAAACAACAUCUGAACCAGACUCUGUCUGAGAACUAUGGCCAACCCAGAGCAAAGGAGAUCACAUACUCAGUGGACCAACUUCAGCAGGAUUUCAGGUGCUGUGGCAGCAACAGCUCAGCCGACUGGGAAUACAGCACCUACAUCCAAUCUCCAGAAGCUGAGGGACGUAAGGUACCUGACAGUUGUUGUAAGACAGUUGUGGUCCUCUGUGGUCAGCGGGCCCACCCUUCCAAUAUCUAUAAAGUAGAGGGUGGUUGUAUCACCAAGUUAGAACAUUUUCUGGCCAAUCAUCUCCUACUCAUGGGAGCUGUUGGGAUUGGAGUUGCUUGCCUCCAGAUAUGUGGGAUGGUUCUCACCUGCUGCUUAUAUGGGCGGAUCCAGCUGCAGUCAUACUGAAGGUUGAACACAUCAUCUUCCUUCUGGUUGGAGGCUCCAAAACUAAUUUACCAAGUUUCCAAUAUCACUUUUCAGCUUCUUCUCUACUGGAGCCAUAGAUUCUCCUUCUGCUUAGUGCCAGCAUGAUGGCCCCGUUUCCUUUGAAGUGCCUGAAAUCAUGCUGUCACACAUCCUGCAAUCUCCCUUCUUCCUGUGGGACUCAGGAUUCUAAAAACCCUGGCAUAAGGGAAAACUUUGUUCACUCCCUGGAGGAAGAUUGACCCUCGAUCUUUGCCUUUGAUAGUAAAUAAGUUCUUGGUGGAGCUAAGAUGAGAGUCUGGAUCUCUGAUAUCUCCCAACUUUGGAAUAUGGGACUUUGUAAGAAACUCCCUUUGCUUUUUGCCAUAUGAAUAAGAUUUGCAAUAUGUGAAUUUUUCUAAGUUUCUUUUAUUUUUUAGUUAGCAAGCAUUUAUUUUCUUUCGGUUCUAUGUAAAAGGGGUGGGAGGAGUGGGAAUCAAAAAACUUGUAAUAAGUGUCCAUAGUCAAGCCAAACAAAUUACCACCUUGACAAUGUCCAAAAAUUUAUGUCUCAUUUUGCUUCUUUAAGCUAUCACCUCUCUGUCAGUAGGUGGGUAACACAGGUCAUCAUCAGUCCUCUGGAGUUAU